AUGCAGCCGGGGCAAAAAAUGCAGCCGCCAUCCGGGAGGAGACAAUUGCGCCCUGGGCCGGAAGCACCCGCUCCCGGCCCUGCGCGCCUCGGGGCCGCGGUGGACGCCAUCGUGGGACAUCUGCGCAGGCUGGUGCUGCUGCAGGCGUGGGCUAAGUGGCAGCCUAAGCUGACCCAGGGUGAGGUCGCCACCAGGAUACUGGAGCGGCAGCGCUUGAGACUCGAAGGGAGGGGCGACGAAGCCUCCGGCGCGGAGCCUCCUACCGCCGCCGCUGCCGCCGCCGGGCGGCGGCGGCGGCGGCGAGGGGGGGGGGGGUCACGCAGGCCCGGCGGCGAGCUCGGACAAGGAGCCGCCUUCGAGGAGGAGGAGGAGGAAGACGAUGGCGACGACGAAGCCGAAGGCCGGCAGAGUGCGCCGGGGUCCGAUGGCGAGACGCUAGCUCGUGCCGGCGGCGGCGGAGACCAAGAGGGAACGCCUGGCGCCGGAGUACGAGGGCGGACACGCUUGCGGCCGUCGGGGGUGGGGGGGAUUGGAGCGACGACGGCGUCUGCUACGAGUACAGCUCUCGGGGGGAGUGGGGGCGUCGUGAGGUGUCGUUCCUCGCCUGCAGGAGCCAGCAGGGGCCUUAACGCUGCUCGCGAGGUUUUUCGAGGUAGCGGUGGCAGCGUGGGGCGGGCCGCCGGCGGGAGGGCAUCUUCUGGCGGUGGCGUGGCGGGAGCGGUGGCGACGGAGGCGCAGCAAGGGGACGGGGGGCGUCGAACCGACAGUAUGGUCUUGCAGAAGCAGCACAAGCAAGUGCAUGCUGGCGAUGCGCACGGACAGGCGCGAACAAACGGCCGAAGCAGCAACACUCACGCGGCAGCAAGACAUAGCAGCACAACCCCCGCCGGCGGUAGCGCCGCCACCGUUGACGGGACCAGGAUGCUGACGAUGCAGACGUGCUUCAGGCAGGAGCGGGAGUCGUUCAUCCGGGACCUGCAGGUGCUGCACCGGCAGCUCGACGCCAAGGACCGCGACCACGCCCGGCGGGACGCGGAGGGCCAGGCCGCCUUCUCGGGGGCGAGGGCCGAGGCGCGCGCCGCGCGGGAGCGGGCCGCGUCGCUCCGGAAGGAGGCGGAGGCGGCGGCGGCGGCGCGGGCGGUGGCGGAGGCGCGGGUCGGGGUCGCUGCAGAGGAGCUGGACAGGCAGACGGCGGCGGCGGAGACCCUACGCGCACGCCUCCGCCACGCCGAGCGGCUGCACAAGGAGCAGAUGGAGGUCGAGCACAGGCAGCAGAAGGCGGCGGCGGAGGAGGCAAGCGCCGAGCGGAGGCGUCUGGAGUCGUCCGCGUUGACGGCGAGGAAAAGCCUUUCAGACGCCCGCCGCGACUGGGCCGCGGAGAAGGACACGCUCAUCGCCGCCGUGAGGGAGGCCGGCCAACGGGCAGACCUCGCCCUGGCGGAGGGCACAGAGGCCAAGUCCCGCGCCGCCCUCCUCGGGGAGAGGCUCCAGCAGACACUGGAGCGCGAGGCCGCUCUCAACGCGGAGGUGGAGAGCCUGGCCGGUUCCGCGAGGGACGGGGAGCGGAGGGUGGCGCGGGCGGUGGCGGACGCCGCGAGGGCCAGGGCGGCGGCCGCGGCGCAGGAGGAGGCGUUUUUGGAGAGCGUGAAGGGCCUCGAGGAGAGAGCCGCUCGUGCGGAGAUGAUGCAAGAUGGGGAGAGAGCCACCCGGGAGGAUCUGCAAGCCCUGCUGGAGGAGGCACGGCAGGCUUCGCUCUCGGCCUCGAGCGACGCCCAGCGAGACCUCUCAGCGGCAAACCUACGGGCGGUAGACCUCGGGCAGGAGGCUGCCGCCGCUAGGGCCGAAGCGGAGUCGUUCCGGCGGCGGGCGGAGGCGGCGGAGGCCCGGGCGGGGUCGGCGGGGGCGUCGGCCGGCGACGCGGGCGCCCGGCUUGAGGAGGCGCUCUCCGAGAGCCGCCGCUUGGCCGCGGCGAGCGCAGAGGAGAGGGAGGCGCUGGACAGGCAGUGGCGGCGACGGGAGGAAGAGUGGCGGCUCGCCCUGGAGCGCGCGAGGAGGGGGGAAGGAGCCGGCGGCGGUACCGUUGACGACGAGGCGAGGGGGAGCGCGGCGGGCGGCGGCAGCGGCGGCGUGUUGUUGUUGGCGGAGGUGGAAGAGUUGCGGGAGGCCGUGGACCGCCUCUCGAGGGACAAGGAACGGCUGCUGGACCGACUGCUGUCUUCGGGGUCGUCGCCGUCUGAGGUGGUCGCCGAGGACGCGAGCGCCGCGGGAGGAGGCUCGGGCGACCACGAAGACCGCCGCUGCCGCCGCCGCCGCCGACCAGGCGGGCCGCCCGACGAAUGGAGGGACGGCGAACGCUGCUCUCUCGGCAAGGGAGACACGCGGCAACGCGGGCGGGGUCGAGCGGACGGAGACGGGGAGAUCGACCGGGGAAGCGAAGGCGCAGACGUCGGGCGGGAGGAGGAGGAGGUGGUGGAGGAGGAGGAGGAGGACGGGCGAGGGGCGAGGGGGGUGGCACGCUCUUCCGUCGCGGAGGCCGAAAAGAGGCACAGCCAGCGCGGCGGUAACGUCGACGGGGGGACUUCCUCAGGCGAACGAUCGAGAGACGACGAGGAGGACGAGGAGAGACGACGAGCGGAAGAGGAAGAGGACGAGGACGAGGACGAGGAGGAAGAAGAGCUGCUGAUGCCCAGGGGAGGGCCGGCGCCCACCCCUUCGCGCUUCACUCCGCGCAGCGGUGCUGUCGGCCUUGGGAGCGGCGGCGGGGGGCCGGGAAGAUGGGUUGCCGCCAGGUCUGCGGGGAGAUCGGUUGCAGCGGCCGCUCUGCUCAGGACGUCCUUGGCCCGUGAGCGAAGCCUGAGACGGCGGGAGCACGAGAGCCUUCUCGGCCUCCUCCGAAGGGAGAACGUCGUCGUCGUCAACCAUCGCCACCGUCCAGCCGCUGCUGCCGCAGCCGCCGCCGCAACGCCGGGUCUCGUCACAGGUGACGGCCGCCCGGCGGCACAGCGGCGGCGGCGGCGGCGGUGGCGGCACCACAAUGCCGAGGAGUCCGGGGAAGAGGAGUUGCGGGCGGAAGAUCUGGAUCCGGAAGAAGACCGCUACAACGACGAGGAUGACGGCAUCGUUGAUGGGGGAGGGGGAGAAGAAGCCGCUGCAGCCCCGCUGUCGUGGGAGGCGUGGAACGACGCUCUCUCGGCCAUCGAGGCUCUCUUGCGGUCUAGCAGGCAGGGAGGUGGUGGUUGUGAGGAGGAGGAGGAGGAGGUGGAGGAGGAGGAGGAGGAGGACUACUCUUCCGACUCCUCCGCCAGAUCGAUGCCGUCGUCGUGUACGUCACUCGUGCCGUCCGAAGACGGGCGCGGCGACGACAACGACGCCUACUCCCGGCCUCCAUCAGUCGAGACCCUCGCCCACAGCGGCGGCCGCCGGAGCCCGUCUCCGCCGCGUAGCAGCAGCAGAAGAAGACGGGAGGGGCGACGACGGCGUGACGUUACCCGCGGCUGCAGCGGCGGCGGCGGCGCUCCCUUCCCCCCCGCCACCGAAGCGGGCGACAACCACCAAGAGCGCUCUGGAAGGCGGCGGCGGCGGCGUCGUCGUCGUUUGUCGUCGUCGUCAUUGGAGCCCUCCGAUAAGACGGCGGCGGCGGCGGCGGCGGCGGCGGCGGUGAAGGAUGAUGAGGAAGUGGCCGCGUUCUCGGGGGUCUUGGCGACGGCCCUGCGGGAGCUGCUGUCGUCCACUCUCUGCGUGCCGGAGGAGAGGCUGAGGGAGGCGCCGCUGCCGGAGCUGGUGCGGGCGUUGCAGCGGGAGUGGGAGGCGUUGCUUGAGGGGCUGUCGGCGAUGCAGGAGGAGGUUAACCUCGCUCGCCAGCAGGCGAGAGACUUGGCCGCUUCCUCCUCCUCGGAGACUGGACCAGCGGCGCCGCGGGCAGGAGAGGCAGCGGUAGCAGAGAGACUGGCCAAGGCAGAGCGGCGCGCGGCAGAGCUGGAGGCCGCGUUGGCGGAGGCCGCCCGCGCGGAGGCGGGAGUGAGGGCAGCGGCGAGGGCUGCGGCGUUGGAGGCGGAAGACACGCUCAAGACUGCAGGGAAGGGUGGGGACCGGGGUGCUUUCUUCGUGGUGGAAGCUCUGGAAGCAGCUCUGGAGAAGCUGGCGGAGGCUGGAUCAGAGGCCGAGGCGCUGUCGAAAGAGCAGCUCGAGAUCACCAGACAGCUGUCGGCCGAGCGCGACGAGCUGGUGGAGGAGAACGAGAGGUCGUCCACCAGGCUGGACCAGCUCACGACAGCCCUGCAGGAGCAGAGGGAAGAAAAGGGACGCCUCACAAACCAGUUGCUGGACCGCGAGCGUGGGCUGGAGGCGCUGCGAGCACAGGGCGACGUCGAGAGGGUCAAGGCGGCGAGGCUGCAGGAAGAGGUCGGCAAGGCCCAGGAAGUCUGCCGGGAAAUGAGCGACCGGCUCUUGGAGCUGCAAGCGACACAGGACGAGCUGAGAGAUACCCGACAAGGCCUCGAUCAGGCCUCCCAGGACUUGGAAACCCUCCGUCGGUCCCAGGACAACCUCGCGGGGGGAUGGGACGAGGCGGCCCGGCUACGUGAGCGGCUGGCCGAGGCGGAAGAGCUGUGUGCCGAGCUGUCCGCGAGAGCCGACGCUGCGGAGCCCCUGGCCGAGGAAGAGAGUCGGCGAGCGAGGCAUUUGGAGGCCAGAGUGAAUGCUCUGCAGCGCCAGCUUGACGAGGCGGCCACCGCGGCAGAGCUGCGGCGAAGGGACGCGGACGCACGGAACAUGGCCUCGGCCGCGGCUCUCCAGCAGAGGCGGUGCGACGAGCGCUUGCGCGAGCAGGCGCUGACGAUCCACCAGCUCACGCUGGAAGGGUUCAGCGCGGAGGCGGCGGCGGCGACCACACGCGCGCAAGAAGCGCAGCAGCAGCAGCAACGGCGUCAGCAAGACCGGGCCGGGCAGCAGCGACGAUCACCUCCCGCGAUGAUGACCUACAAUUCAGCGGUGGCGGCGGCGGCGGCGGCGGCGGCGGCGGUGGGUGUGGGAACGCCCGGGCAGAAGGUUCUCCCGGCGCCCCGCAGGGGCUAUUACAGCUACGACGACGACGGCGACAGCGACGGGAGAGGCGGCGCUACUACUACUACUACUACUAGUACUGCUACCCGUCUGCGAAAUAGCGGGGCCCCCGACGAUACCACCGACGGAGGCGGCGGCGGCGGCGGCGGAACUCCUAGCGGUGCUGGACCCGACUCUGGUCACCGCCAUCGUUACAACGGCGGCGGCGGUGUUAGUGGCAGCUGCUGGCAGAAGGCGUGGGCGGGGUAUUCCUUGGACUCGGAAUUCCCCUCCCCUCAACGGCGCUCCGCGGUGGCGGCGAGAGGGGGCCACGUAGACUGUCACAGCAGCGGCACCCCCGGCGACCGCCCGCAGCGCACCCGGGCAAGAACAGAGGACGAGGGAGAGGGGACGACGACGAUUAGUUGUUUCGCUUCGUUUCCUGGACCGGGAUUCGGGGCACCCCAGGCUGGCUUCGCGCAACAGCACGACGAUGGUUAG